AUGGGUAUAUUUUAUCUGAUUAAGGUACAAUUUAAUGGUGUGAAAGGUUUUAAAACAGACAAAUUACAGGGAUCAGAUUCUUUAGCGAGGUCAAGCAAUAUUUACCCUCCCGCUCCCCCUCAGCAGUAUAUGUCCGCUGCCCAACAACCAGACACCGCAUACCUACCUGCAAAUUUACCCCCUUUGAUACCUCAUCAUCCUCAUGAAAACUUUGAGUAUGCCACCUUCCUCAGUGGCAGCACAGUUGGUCGGUACUGCGUCACCACCAUCACCCUACAGAUUGCCUGUAACACCAAGAAAGAAAAAUCGAACACUUCAUCAGACAUGUCCAUGAAAAGUUCUGCUCAACAUGGUAUUAAAGUAAGAAAUUCUGUGACUGCAACGACAGCCGAUUCAACUAAGUCAGUAAUCUCACCGUCCUCUGGUCCAAAUUUUCCAAAGUUAUUAUCAGCUGAUAGAGGGAUUGAUAUCAAAAAUAGCGAAGAUGAAAACAGUAAAAGUGAUAUACAAAAUCUAGUAGAUUAUUAUGUUAAUAAACAUGUUGGUUUGAGUCAUCCAAAAGUUGUAGAUAACGGUCAAGUUAAACAAAUGGACAAAAGUGAAACGGAAGCAUCUUCUAAAGAUAAUCUCAACAACAACAAUAGUGCAGCUGAAAGUGAUACCAGUGAUCUUAAGAAAGUUCUCCAGUUUCCAUACAAACUUGAGGAAAAUUCAAAUGUCAGCAGUAAUGUGAUGAAGAAAAACAGUGAUGUGCUUAAUUGGUUGUCAAAAUCAGAAAGUGAACUUGGCGAAGGUUAUCCAAAUACUUUGGUAGAGGACCUCAGCAAUGAAAGUGUAUUGAAAGAGGUUAAUGGUGAUGUAACAUUGGCAACAGAAGAACAGGAGAGACGUCAUUGCCCCAAGCUUGAUGUCAGAAAGAAUUCUGUUGAUUCAUUAAAGUCGGAAGUAGCACUUGUCAAUGAAUAUGUGGCUACUAAUGAUAAUUACGCAGCGAAAAAGAUAAACAAUUUCUUUGAAGGAGGUUCUGAUGUUGUUAUAGAAGAGCAUGAAUUAUUAUUGCAAAAUAUGGCAGAUGAUUUUAGCGAAUACAGUCAAGAUAAUAUUCUGAUCGAGGACAAUGUAGGUAUCAGAUCAGAUAUUGUUCAUGAAGCUAAAGAAAACAUUCUACAUGUGAAGAAGGGAAAAGAUGAUUCGGAUGAUUUUGAGAAAUUCUUUUUUAAAGUGACUGCAUCAAGACAUGGGAUAUCCAUUUCAAGUCCUGAGAAAGAGCCUGAUGUAGGUAAUGGUGAGGUUCCAAAUAACUCUCAGUCUCUGAAAACUGUAAAUGAUAUAAGCAGUGUUGAGGGUUCACAGAGUGAUGUUGGGGAUGCAUUUAAGUUUAAGGCUUCUCAAAGUGGAAUCAUAGUGCAGGAUCCCAGAGAGAGGGCAGAAUUUUCCACUGACAGUGAUGCUGAGCUAGACCAGUCUUACAGAGAUAGGGCAAAUUUGCAAAGAAAAAGACAUAUGUCAACCCCAAUUCCAUCUAAUAUAAAACUUGAUCCAAAAAUACCAGAAUUUAAACCUAGGUCAAGGAAGAGAGCAGUAUCAUGUGGACUGAGAGCUGAGGCAAUAUCUGAAGUGGAUCAUAAGAAGGAAAUUGACUCGACUAUAAGAGCUGAUGCACCUGCCUUUGUACCAAUUUCGAAAACAACUGACCCAAAGAAAAAUAAUGACAUUAUUGCAUCACAACAAAAGGAACAGAAACAAGAAAAUACAGCUCAAAUUGACAAUACACCAUUGUCAAAAGAGUCAGCAUGUAACACAACCAUAGCAAUUCAAGCUCAACCUGAUACUUCUGAUGUUUAUGUAGAAACUGUUAAAAAAGUUACAAAAGAAUCAAGCACAGUUACAAGCACUUGUGACUGUAGAGAUGUUAGUGUUAACACUGUUACUGAUGCAGAAAUAGAUGGUGAAAAUGAGGUUGUUAAAAGAUCAUCAAGAAGAUUCUCCAGUAAAGCUACUAAUACAGAUAUGUCUAACAAGAGGACAAUUGGAACACAGCAUUCUUCAAUAGAGAAAGUAAAGCCUCAAAUGAAUGAUCAGGACACUAUGACAGAAUUAUUGCCAGAGUUAGGUGAAGGCUGUGGAGGACCUUGUUUAGAUGUUUUAGGAGCGGCACAGAUACUGCAGAAACAGGCUGUUCUGAUGAAAAGUAUUGGGCAGAUUCAG